GUCUGGCCUUGGCCGCGGAGGUUCGCGCGCUGGAGCAGACGCUCGGGAGCAGCCAUGCAGCAGCCGGCGCGGCGGGCGCGGGGGGCCCGGGGACCUGUGGGGAUGCGUCUGAUUCUUUGCUUCCUGCUGUUGAGCAGCUGCCCGGGGGGCUGGCACGCCGUUAGUCCCCACGGCUGGCUCUUGGGCCGAAGACUCUGCUCUUACCUGGAAGUCUGUGCCCGGGGGGGACAGGGCCAAGUGGGAAUGCAGCUGGUCAGGUCCCGGCAAGAAGUCACCAGCCUGGCCUUCCCAUACUUCCGAGGUGUCCUCCAGCGGCUUGUGCCUCAAGGACUGUUCUGGAAGGAUGACAUCCCUCAAAAAGUGAAGAGCCAGAAGAUGGAGUACGUGCCCAGGCUCCAUGCCUCAGAGACCUGCCUGAGAGAGGGGUAGACAGCCUUUUCCACCAAAACCACCACGCCAAGGUGUGUGAGACCUGCGGUCUGUCCACACUGCGUGUGACCGAUAGACAGAAGGACUGGGAAGGGAAGGAGUGUCAGGGCUGUAGGUAGGAGGUGUCAGACGUCCAGUGAAUAAAAUGGAGAGAGCGCCUGUCUGAUUUCCGCCUGAUGCAAUCCCAUGAUCCUGGUGUGGUCUGCGAAGGGAGGGGGUUGGGUCACAUGGCCACUGCUUGGUAUUCCCUGACUUAGUCUUUGUCUUCUAGGGGCAAGUGCAAAGAGAAAUUCUGACUGUUGUUCCCUAAGGUGAGGGGCCCUCAGGAAUUUAGAAAUUCUUCAUUUGGGUCCCAUCUCUUUUCCUCUGGGCCUUUUCACCAUUUCCUCUUCACCUUUGACUCCUGCCUUCCUUCCCCUCAGAGCCCAGUGAUCAAGGUGAACAAGGAACAAUGCUUGGACUAGGAAAUGGUUUCAGAGUUCCAGAACCAAGAGAUGAGCACCGCAGGUGAGGGCCUGGCCUUGUCUAGGAAGGCUGAGCCUACCAAGGGCCCGUUUAUAGAGGGAGGCAGGGUAAAGGAGGGAAUAGACGCUGGUUGAUAAGGGAUGACAAGACUUCACUGAGGCUGAUGGAGAACCUUCUGGAAGAGAGGGCCUGGAGGAUGGAAAAGAACAGAGCUUUCUGUACAGAGCCAGCCCAAUCCUGGUUCUGGCGCUGCCCAGCUAUGACCUUGGACACCUUCCCUAGGCUCUUCAUGUCCCUUCUUCCACAUCUGUAAAAUGGGAAUGGUAAUAAAGGCGACCCCUUGGUGUUGCUGUGUGGAUUAAAGACAAUAUACCAAAAACGCCAGUGGUUGCUGGAUUGAGGGGAAAUCCUCCCUUUCCCCACCGGAGGGCAUCCCCACUUUCUCACAGAACUUUCCAGAUUUCCCCCAACUGCGGGGUGCAGGGACUGGGGGGCCUCCAGUGGCUUCUUAAGUAAGACCCAGCACAGGCACAGAGCUUAAAGGGCCCACAGAAAUCUACUUUGGAGGUUUUACAACCUAAAAAAUAAUAUGGGCUCUCUGUCUUUCUAAGAAAAUUUUGAGUAUGACAUGACCCUAAGCUUCACCUUGCCCAUCCAUCCAUCCAACCAUCCAUCCCUAUGUAUCUAUGUAAAUUUCUCUUUCCCUAUACACACACAUACAUACAUAUAUACAGAGAUACCUCUCUAUAUAAAUCUAA